AUGCUCCGCCCUCUGCAGCUGGAGUCUGCUCAUUAUACCCUACCCGAUAUCCUCAAAACUCAUAAAGAGUCGUUCAUCGCCAAGGCUAAAAAUGUACUGGAGCGCUACGGUCUUGUGGAAGGGGACAACACGACGGUGGACCUCCUACACCGUCAAGGAUGCUCCUUUAGGACGGGGGCUGUCGCCACACUUUACAUAACUACGCCGUGGAAGAAAGACACUUCUGAUCUAUGGCCACGUGCUGUCGAGGAUAUAAAAACACAUGUGGAUGGUAUCAUAGAGGGCCGUGACGGAAUCGACCUCCACGUCGAGAUGAUGGCCCCGGAGCGCUUCCUACCCAAGUACAUGGGGCCGGCCACUGGCCAUCCACGGCUCACUGAGGAUGAAUGGGACUCGGUCAGUACAAUGGUUGAGGAGACCCUUGAAUCGCACGAGGCAACCAAGGAUCACUGCGUAACCAUUUCCCUUUUCAGACUUGGGUAUUCAGAGAGGAUGGAGGAGAACCCCAUUACUAUAUACAUCUCCCUCUCGUAUGAGUCUGAUGAGAUGUGGUGGGAGGAGGUUAUUGUUAAGAUUGAGAAUGAACUCCACGGGAGGGAUCUAGACUUUGUUAAAGUUCAUAUUGAGCAUAAUGUUGGAUGGGGACUGGGAUGGGGCGAGGAGUUUGGUAAUGCUUACCUCCAAGACAAGUACUGA